AUGGCCAAGUUCGACAUCGAGGUCGCGAGGUCCAAGUUUCCUGCUCUGCAGCACGACCAAGUCUUCUUCGACAGCGCCGGUGGCAGUCAGACCCUGGGUGGCGUCAUCGACUCCAUCCGCGACUAUCUUUCCAACACCAAUGUCCAGCUAGGGGCAACGUACAAGACCGGCAAGCUAUCCACCGAUCGCUACAAGAAGGGCCAGGAGGCCGGCGCGAAGUACAUCAACGCCGAAGUGGACGAGAUAGUCUUCGGAUCAUCCACCACGCAGCUCUUCCGCAACCUCUCAUUCGCCUUGCAAUUCAGCGAAGGCGACGAGAUCAUCGUGUCGGGCCUCGACCACGAGGCCAACAUCUCGCCCUGGGUCGACCUAGCAGCGCGCCAGAAGCUCGUCCUGAAAUGGUGGUCGCCCGCGCCGUCCCCUAACCCGCAGCUCCUCGCCUCGAACCUCAAGCCACUCCUCUCCGCUAGGACGCGGCUCGUGACUUGCACGCACACGAGCAACAUCCUCGGCACCGUCACGGACGUCGCGUCGAUCGCUGCAGCCGUGCACACUGUCCCCGGCGCCCUGCUGUGCGUCGAUGCGGUAGCCUAUGCGCCGCACCGUCCUGUCGACGUCGUUGCGCUUGGGGUUGACUUCUAUGCUUUUUCUUGGUACAAAGUGUACGGCCCGCACAUCAGCAUGCUGUACGGGCGGCGCGGCGCCCUCGCGCGGGUGCGGUCCCUUGGGCACUUCUUCAACCCACACACCUCGCUCGAGAACAAGCUAGGACUCGCGGGCGCCAGCUACGAGCUAGUUCAGGCCGUGCCGGCCGUGGUGCUGGACUACCUGGGCGCGCCCGGCGCCUGGGACGCAAUCGCGGACCGCGAGCGCGAGCUGCAGACCGUACUACUAGAUUACCUGAACGGACGGCCCGACGUCACGGUGUACGGCGAGACGAGCGCGGACACGGCGCUGCGCGUGCCGACGGUGAGCUUCCGCGUCGAGGGCUGGGGGCCCCGCGACCUGGUCGAGGCCGUGGAGAAGGACACCGACUUCGGGUUCCGGUGGGGCGCGUUCUACUCAAAUCGCUUGGUUACGGAUGUGCUGGGGCUGGACUCCUCGGAGGGCGUUGUGAGGGUGAGCAUGGUGCAUUAUAAUACUGUCGAGGAGAUUAAGAGCUUUGUCGAGGCUCUUGAUAAGGUGCUGUCUAAGAAGGUGUAA